AAACACAAAAAAAUUCCACAGCAAAAAAGUUCCAAGGAAACUCUCCAAGGACACAAAUAUUUACCAAAAUUUCCAUGAUUAAUCUAAAAAAAAAUUCCAAGAUAUAUUUUCCAAAUAGUAAUGAAAAUUCCUGAAAAUUUUAAUAGCAAAUCCUUCAGUAUUUCAAGUAAAUUAUUUAAACUUCAAUGGAAAUUCCAGACAAUUCUUUCAAAUAUUCCAAUAGUUUAAAUUAUUUCUGCAUUGUAGGAAAGCCUGUGCGUAAUGUCCUGAUAUGUGCAUGCAGGGUCUUAGGAGGUUAAAAGAUGUAAGGUCAAUCAGAUGAGACAGUGUGGAGAGAUCGAUGAGGGCUGAAAAUGCCGCAUCAUCAGCUCUAGAUGUGCCCUCAAAGGGGUAGCUCGAUCCUGGUAGGAAAGGGAAUCCCCUGCUGCGCUGGGCUGCCGUGCCGACUCAAACCAAGUAGAGUCGAGCUGCUCAAUGUAAUGGAAAAGCCUCAUCAGAUCAUGUUAGUUUGUUGAUUUUAGCGAUGUGCUCAAUUAGCCAGCGAAAGAGUUAGACUGUAAUUCAAAUGUAGCUAUUAUACUUUGCAUUUAAAAAGAUGGAAAAUGCCUUGAAACGUCUCUACUAAGAACACCCAGUCCAUUCUGGGUCUGAUUUAGCUGUGUGCAUGUAAAUUCAAUCUGUCAAUUGUAUCUUCUAAGUCAGACUUUGAUCUAUUUAGUUUAGUAGAAUUUCAGUUGAACUUGAAUGUUAAAGUCAAUAAUAAUAAGGCUUUUUUAACUGUAGAAGCCACACAACAUCAGUUAUGUUUUUUACCUUCUGGUUGAGCUGAAUGACUGGUUCUCCUCUCUGCUGGUCGGCUGUUUUCUUUGUCGUGUUGUGGAGAAGUCAGUCGCUCGUAGACAUAUUGAGUAAAAGAGGGUUUGUUCGUCUCUGCUCUUCUUUAGCAUGUUUGACUCAGUUUGAGGCUUUAGCUACUCGUGAUGUUCCAGUUAAUGUUAGCAUGCUGCUAAAAGAUAUUAAAAACCAAGUUUGAAAAAGUAAAGAAUUGUUCUUCAUCAAGUCAAGAGUGAGCAAAGAGUGCCAUAAAACCAUCGUUCAUCCAAACAGUAGAGGAAAAAAAAUCAUAAGAAUCAUGUUUGGUUUGUUUUUUGUUUUUGUUUUUGCAUUUCCAAAAGAUAUUUUUGAAUCUAAAGAUUGUUAUAGUAAACAGUGUAUAAAAGAAAGUGGAUAUGGUGUUUAAUAGAAAUAUAUAUAUGAAAUAUUUUAUCUGUGAUUGCUCUGCUGAACGGACUCAAAGAUCUGCCUGGCGACAGUGCCAACAUAUUCAUGAAGCAGAAAUAAACCACUGAACUCACCACAGGAAGUGGACUCUCGAUUGGACCUAGCACCUGUCAGUCAGGCUGUAGGACUUGGUCACACCUACAGGUUCACAUGGUGCUAAUUCUACAACUCCAGGUGUGUCCGAUCACACCUGAAACACAAAAAAGUCAAACUGUGCAGGUGACACGAUGACCAGAGAAGUUUGUCUUGUUGUAUCAAACUUCUGAAUGUUUCCUUCAAUGUUUUCUAGAGUUUCUGUGUUUUCUAGAUCUUCAGAGAGCAGACGAUGUUUACUCGUGACAGAACUACGGAUCAGACUGGCAGACCUGGAAUGAUUCUUUAGUUAUCUGUUAUCUAAUGGCAGACAGCAGCUUUCACACCUGCUGCCAGUGAAAGUAAGAAAACACAUAAAGAUAAGAAAACAAAAAUUUGUUCCUGCAGCUGAAAACUUGUUCCAUAUUUUACCUUUAAUUCUGACAGCCCGAGUCUGUGGAGUUGUCACGGUUAAACGUCGUUCUCGCCUCUCUCUGAGCUGAACCACAUUCCUGCUGCUCCUCUCAGGUGAUCUUCCGACACGCAGCAUCACUGACCAGGUGAGCUCACACCUGUCCAGGUGUGAUCCAGGUGUCUCAGUGAGACUGCCGUGUGGAAACCUGAAGGAAAAGUUACUUCUAUGUGACAUCAGUGACCUGGAACACUGCCAGCAGUCUCACCUGUCCGUCAGCAGCCAGAUGCGACUUAAGUGUGGUUCAUCCAUCUCCGGUGGAUGUCAGAGUCUGCAGGAGAUCCCUCCUCCUCCUGCUGCUUCCCAGUGACGGUGAUACACCUGGCCAGGUGAACAACACUUAUCAUCGGAACAAGCAGCUGCUGGAUCUCAUAAAAACACACCUGUAGCACCAGAGGAGACAAAACAGACUUCUACGUUGAUUCGGGCCUCUCGUCUGUAAGUACGGAGUUUAUUAUGAGGAGUUUUAACGUUACCGUAGACGCAGACUAACAUCGUUGACUUCCUGCAGUAAAAGGAAAUCUCAUCACAGUGGAGCCUGCAGCAGAAGAAGCCUGACAGUGGAGAACAAAACGCCCAUAAAGGAUGGGUGACAGUAUGAAGACUCAGCUGGUGAGCGCCAUCCACCUGCAGGAGGUGGAACUGCACGACAACCCUUCAGACAAGCAGAACGGCGGCAACAACAGACAAGAUGAGACGUUCACUGUCGAAGAGGCCGUAGAAACUAUUGGCUUUGGACGUUUUCACAUCCUGCUUUUUUUGAUCAUGGGCAGCACCAGUAUAGUUGACGCGAUGGAGAUUAUGCUGCUGGCCGUCAUCUCUCCUGAGAUUCGCUGUGAGUGGCAUCUGGAGGACUGGCAGGUCGCUCUCGUCUCCACUAUGGUGUUUCUGGGCUUCAUGGUGUGUGGAGCUUUAUCAGGAUACAUCGCAGACCGAUAUGGACGCUGGAAGGUUUCAUUUGGAGGCUUCGUGUGGAGCGCCUACUUCUCUCUGCUCACGUCGUUUGCUCCGUCGUACGGUUGGUUCGUCUUCCUCCGCGGCAUGGUGGGAUGUGGAAUCGCAGCAGUGUCACAAGGGUUUGUGCUGAAAACCGAGUUCAUCCCAGCGAAGCAUCGAGCCGUCCUGCUGCCUCUGGCCUCUAUCUUCUGGAUGGCUGGCUCCAUGCUGAUCAUCAUUCUGGGAAUGUUGCUCAUUCCGACUCUGGGCUGGAGGUGGAUGAUCCGGAUCUCCAUCACCCCAAGUAUCAUCCUCAUCUUCCUCUUCAGGUUCAUCCCUGAGUCGGCUCGUUUUAACGUGUCGGCGGGAAACGUUCAGGCCGCCAUUAAAACUCUGCAGAAGAUCGCUGACAUGAACAAGUCAUCACUGCCUCCAGGACGUCUGGUGGAGCCACUUGUGAAAGAGCGAGGCAGCUGGAGGACUCUGAUCAGCCCGAUGUACAGGAGGACGUCCUUACUGCUGUGGUACACAUGGUUUGUGGCGUCCUUCGGGUACUAUGGCUCGGUGCUGAGCAGCUCGGAGCUGCUGGAGAAGAACUUGCUGUGCGUGAAGGACGCAGACUUAGAGCAUCAGGUUAAACACCGCCAUGAGGACGGGCUUUGUUACUGCAUCCCCUUUGGCCUCAGCGAUUACCAAACGCUGCUCAUCAGCUGUCUGGGAGAGGUCGCUCUGAUUCCUCUAAACAUCUGUCUGCUGAACAUUUUUGGACGGAAGAUGACCAUGACUGUUCUACAGGCGCUGGCUGCGGUUACUUUUAUGUUGCUCAACAUCUGCACCACCAUGUUUGGCUUCACCAUUCUCCUGUUCCUGCUCCGCUCGCUCGUCUCCAUGAACUUUAACGUGGUUUAUAUUUACACCGCAGAGGUGUAUCCGACAGCGGCUCGCUCUCUAGGGUUGGGUUUCUGUACGUCGUUCAGUCGAAUCGGAGGAAUGACCGCUCCGUUCAUCGCUCAGGUGCUGAUGUCUCAGUCGGUGAUUACGGCGCUCAGUCCCUUUGCUGUGGCGUGUUUGAUCUGCUCUCUGGGGAUCUUCCUGUUACCGAUAGAAACAAAAGGACGAGCGCUGCUGCAAAAUUCCUGAGGACUUCCUGUCUGUUAAUUCUGUAAAUAUGUCACAGAUGAUAACUCAGAGGAGAAUUAAUUUAUAAAUGUAUGAAUAAUUGUCCGUUAUAAGAGCCAGAGAAAGCUGCUGUAAUGUUGUUAAAACAUUAUUAUAUUGUGAUAAAAAGUUUUACACAGUGGAAAAACAUUUUCCUUCUUUGAUUUAAGUUUCAUUUAAAUUAAAUCUCAAAUAAUACACUACAAACUCACUUAAAGAGUAAGGAUUUUUUACAUUUUUAAAUGUAGAGUAACUG